UCGUGUGCCAAGUCCGACAAGAGCAGUAUUGUGUCCAGCUGAUCUCAAUUAUUUUGAAGGACUCCUGCAGGACCGUCUCAAGAAAUGAAACAUUAUUUUUGUUACUUGUAUCCAAUGUCUUCGACGCAUUUUUAAACCAAAAGAAGCCAAUGUGUGUGGUGUCGGUAGCAGACAUGAAGAAGGAUACCUUGAUGAGUCAGCUGUGUGUGUCUCAUAUGGUGAAUUAAAGCGCACCGAGCCUCCUGUCCAGGACCGGGACGUAGUCGGUUAGUAGAAUUCAUAAUCUAAGAACGCCACCAACGCUAACUACGGAAAUAUUCGCAAUAACAGAUAGCAGUAGGAAAGUGUGUGUCUGGCAGCCCCCUUGUUGUGCUCGAGGAACUCAUAGCCUGCAAAGGAAACUCAGAGUCCACAGUGUCGUUCACCAUGUCGACUGCUCAAGGAGCGACGACGUUCACCAUCUCGUUGCUCUUUCUCGCGUCCUGGACGCUGGCCGAGAAACUAGACGACUAUCACUGGUCCGAAGACGUUCCAGGGUUCUUCCGGGAGCGUGUCUUGGAAGAUGGGGAGAGAGAGCGCAAGAUUCAUUUCAGAAAACUGACCGCCGUAGAAACGUUCGUAGACCUCAACGGGAAACCUGGGUUGGCACUUCGGCAGCUAUCGGAUGGAUCGAGCUUCCUGCAGCUGAUCUUCAGUGGGUCAAGCCUAAUCGACUGUGAGUACGUCAACGACCCGCGGUCAGUUUCCAAGUUCUUCAGGAACCUUGCUCACGACUUCGCGUGCGCUGAACAUCGAAGUCGAGAACGAUUGAAGACGGUGGGGCAUUCCAGGAGGUUCCGCACCUGGGGCAACGACACCGUCUGCGACAUUGAGCUGAUCUCUCCACAGAACGACACCUUCAAGCUCAUUUAUUCUGGCAGAGACUUAGCAGGGAAAGAAUGGAAGACCUUGCUCAACAUGAGAGCAAUGAAGAGACAGUGCAGGAAGUUGCAUCGAGAGAUUAGAUUGGCGUUAUUGAGGCAUAAGAGCAACGUUAAAGAGGAUGACACAGCGUCCAGCCUGGAAGACGUCGACGUCCGGGACAUUCAGGAAUUCCAGCAAGGACGUGAUACUUCUGCAAUGCUGAGACGGAAGAGAGACCUGUUCAUGUACCCAGGUACCAACUGGUGCGGUACCGGCAACUCAGCACGGAAGUUCAACGAGUUGGGGACAAACUCUAUGGCGGACCGGUGCUGCAGAGACCAUGACCACUGUCCGUAUACUGUGGAAGCAUUCGCGAAGAAGUUCCACAUGUUCAAUUACAGAAUUCAUACAGUCAGCCACUGUGAAUGCGACGAAAGGUUCCGUGCGUGCUUGAGAAUGGCGAACAACGCGGCGUCCAACAUGGUGGGCAAGGUGUUCUUCAACAUCAUGCAGAGCAAGUGCUUCACCUUCAAGACGGAAAACAUCUGCCUGAAGCGAUCCUGGUGGGGAAACUGUCUCAAGAGGUCGCGCGAGAAAGUCGCUGUCAUUCGGGACGGCAUGUACUACUGAUACCUCCCACGAGGAACGCAACAUUCCAUCCACAGCAGGGAGUGCUACGAAAAAGGGGGAACAUUCUACGUCAAUCCCCUUCCAUGUGCGAUUGCACUUAGUGAGAUCAGCCCGAAACUCUCUCUCUCUCUCUCUCAAAAUUUGGGAGGACCGGGGAAAAAUUAAUCAGUAAUUGACUGGGCAAUAAUGCAAAGGUAAUCUCUUUUCGACGGAGGUUCGAUUUCCUUUCUAGUUUAAGGAAACCGAUAUCGUUUUAAAGCCAUAGCUCUAUGGGGCCUAUCACGGUAUAGGUCCGUCCAUGGCUUCAUAGGAUCACGUGACGGCGCCACUACCACGUGAUAGCAAAACUGUGUUUUUCUGUGUUCGUUUUCUGCAUUUUUCGUUUCUGUUCGGAACGCUGAAACUGUGCAGCCACCACAGUAACAAUGCAGAUAUGGAACUAAACAAUUUCAUACGACAGUAAAAGACUCCCAAUAAAAAACAUUUAUUGGGAUUACGAGUUUUUGCUAAAAUUUACCGCCCACGGCGGCACUACACGGCGAUCACAUUGAAACGUGUUCGGCACAAUACCAAAAGAUAAUUUUAUAAUUUUCUUUCAAUUCUUUUAAAUAUAACUUCUGUUCCACUGAAUAAACUAAUUACUAAAGUCAAUUUCGCGCUCACUCAAUUGAUUAAGUCUGAAGUUGAAAAAUCAAUUUUAAAGUUGAGCUACAAAGCACAUUAGUAAAACAUGAUGGAACUGAUGUAAAAGCGACCGUGUUGUUAAUAGCACUGGCCGGAUAUUGGACUAAAACAAACAUAGGAACAUUACCGAUAUGUUUCAACUGCAACCCUACAUGCAGGUUAUAUGGUUAUGCAGGUUUUAAAAGUACAAACAACAUGACAUUCCGAGUAAGACACAAGUACAUGAAAUGUAUACACCGUUUUCCAGCCAGCCCCACAGCCAGCGCUUUUGCAGCCAGCACAAGCCAUAGAGGAGGAAAGCGAUAACCACGGAGGAAGCACACGCCA